CGGGUCUUUUGAUUCGUUCGUUCGUGAACGACACAGCUCUACAGUCCAUGUUAUUAUAGGUCUAUGUUGUGUGCUGAUAAGAACCCGUUAUGAUUAAAAAAUUGGAGAAUAUAGUCAAGAAUUAUUUUGAGCGAUAAAAAAAAUUCUCAAAUAGUUUUUUAAAGAAAAUGUUGGCAACGCUGAAUCAUUGACAAAUUUUCAUAACCCCAAACUAUAAGAUAAGGUGUCAAAUUUUCAAUUUUCUCUUUAGUCCAAUGUUCAACUCGAAAAUUGUAAUGAAAUACUUGGAACUGCUAAUGUAAUAUUUCCUGAAAAUGUUCAGAAUUUAAUGAGAAUUCUGUGAGCCAUUUAAGCGACCUAGAUAUUGACUGAAAAUUGAUAGUUAUCAUUGAAAUUUUUUUCAUUAAAAUGGUAUUCUCUGAAGUAGAGAAACUAAAAAGUCCUGAAUUGGUUGCAUCAAUUCAAUGUUAUUUUGGAAUUCAGAAAAAAAAUGUCAUUCAGGAACAUACGAAAACUUGUAGGAUAAAGGGCGAAAAGCAUGAUUUCAAAGCAUAUAUUGUGACAAACAAAUUUUGGUACUGGUUGUUCAUUAUUGGAACUGGACUUGGUGAUGAAGCUUUUUAUGCUUUAUUUAUUCCUUUUUGGUUCUGGAACAUUGAUGGAGCAGUUGGAAGGAGGGUUGUACUUGUUUGGGGAAUUGUUAUGUACAUAGGACAAGGAAUAAAAGAUAUUGUACAAUGGCCUAGACCUGGAGCCCCAGUUUUUAGGCUUCACAAUAAAUGGGAACUAGAAUAUGGUAUGCCUUCUACACAUGCUAUGGUUGGAGUAUCUAUUCCAUUUUCUGUUAUUUUGUAUACAAUGAACAGAUAUUUAUAUAAUGUUCCCUUUUGUAUCCUUUUUGCUGUUGCCUGGUGCACAGUUAUUUGUCUCAGCAGGUUAUACUUAGGAAUGCAUACUGUAUUAGAUAUAAUAGUGGGACUCCUAUUAACAAUUUUUCUGAUGGUUCCAUUAGUCCCAUUGGUUGACCAUUUGGAUCAUUACUUAAUGACAAAUCCUACCUCGCCUUUUUUACUCUUGGUUUCAUCAAUUGUCGUUAUCAUUUACUAUCCUAAUAGUGGUAAAUGGACUCCUACAAGGGGUGACACGACAAUGGUGUUAUCUGUCUGUGUGGGUAUCCUCACCGGAUCAUGGUUAAAUUACCAAACAGGAGAAUUAACACCAUCCGAUCUUAAUCCACCUUAUCCUAUAAUGUGGCCAUCUUCUAUAAUGUUUGGCUGCCUUAUUCUAAGAAGUAUUCUUGGCUUUACAUGCAUUGGGCUUUUGAAGGCUUUCUCUGAGAAUAUUUUCUAUAGUUGCAUGUGUGCUCUUUUGAGACAAGAUGAAGCAAAUUUGAAACAAUCUGAACAUUCCUUAGAGAACAAAUAUAAAACAAUUGUUGAACUAGCUACCAAAUAUUUAACAUGUUCUUUCAUUGGUUUUUGUAUUACUUAUAAUUUGCCUCAACUUUUCAAGUACCUCAGAGUUGAGCGACCCAAUUUUUUCACUGAAAUUUGAGAUACUUCCAUAUUCCUAGUGGAAGUGAAAAUUGGUUAGUCAUUUCAAAUAUUAAUAUAAAGUGAACUUGAAUUUGACUCUUGGGAUUAAUGUGUAUACCAAAUUUUUCUUAAUAAUUCAUGUGCCAUAUCACUCGAACAAUGAUAUAAUUAAGCAAGAUGCUAAUUGAAUCUUCACUUUUCAUCUAUAGUCAUCUUUGAAAAUUAUUCAAUGACAAAGGCACUAUAUUUUUGAGCAAUUGCUUUAUUGGCUUCUUGAAAUUUCUUACCUAUUGUGUUUUGAAAGCUUAAAACUCAAAUCAAUGAUAUGACUUGAGUUAUUGUAUGUUUCAAUUGAGCGCUUAUCAAUAAAAAGUGUAAGGAAAUUUUUGCCCCAAUAUUUGUUUUUCUAUCACUGCACUUCCACUCAUAAUCUAUAAAAUACUUAUUUUUUGCUUCAUUCAUUAAAAAAUGAAUGAGUAGUAAAUAUUACACUAUCAAGAAAAUCAAUGUACUAUAUCAAAUAUUUGAUUAUAAAUGUAAUGAAGAAUGUUUUAAUUGAUGCUAUGUAUGUAAUUGUGGAAGCCAACUUAAUGAAAUAGAAUUAGGCAAAUUGGUGUUCUUUUACAUUGAA